CUUUCCUAGCUAGAUUUUAAAUCGACCUGGCUGUCGAAAAUAUUAGGAUUAUAUUUCAUAUUGUUAUGUUUCAUCAACAGCUGGCUGUUGGAUAAUAUUUAGAUCUAAUUUUUAUCGAUCUUAUAUAAAGUUAAUAAUCAAAAAUUGACUUCUUGGAUAUUGAUUGGCUGAAAAGCACUUAGCGAUGGACUGCUAUAAAGCCAUGUUUAUAUGAAUAUGCAAACUACGUCUGAUAUUGCAAUUCAAAACAUAUUAAAUCGACAAACAGCUGUAUUACCGUAUUUUUCGUUUUGGACGUGGCGAAGGAAGGACAUACCAAGGAAGGGCGAUUUGUAAGAAUUAAACAGCAAUGUCGGCAGAAGAAACUGCCCAAGACGAAAAUAUCGAACCGCUUGACAACGAGGCCAUGGCGCAGCUACCCUCGCCAGGGAGAAGGGUAAGCCAUGUAUUUUUACGCAAACAAACGAUUUGAAUGAGAAAUAUGGCUUAUAAAUGAGUUUGUAUAUUCUUCUUUAGCCUCGAACAAGCUCCCUGCUUCAAAGAUUGGACGACGAAAGAGAUACGCCUGACCCAGUAGCGCAAUUUUCUAUUCCAGUUGACGAGACAGAAAUUAAAGGUAAUUUUUAUUCAUUGAGAAGUUCGUGUUUUGUUUAAGUUUUCAAUGUACACGAUGAGAAUAUGCCGCUGUCUGUGACUUUGUUCUUCUCCCUCGAAUACAGUAUGUCUACAAGUUCUGGUUUAAUGGGCUUAUGGCUUUUAAUAAAUUUGACAUCGUGUCUAUAAAUAUUCUCUUGCUGAAUUGCUUGACGAAAGACGAAAUUAUUGUCUUCGAUAUCUAUUCAACACAGCCAUUUUUCAGUUGCAUAAUUCAAUUGCGUGAUUAUAUAACCAUUUGCACCGAUGUGAAACAAAAAGAUUUAUGAGCAUUGUCUUUUCUUUCUAAAGAAAAUCACGACAUUUUUAUUCCACAUCUUCUACGACUUUCAGCGAUACUGUUUUUAGAAGGACAG